AUGGAAAGAAUACGUUUUGAAAGACUAAAAGUGGUGUGUACAAAAGCCCUUCAGGAGUCUAUAAAGAAAUCCUUGGAUAUAGAGAAGAUCAAAAAAUGUUAUCCCACCCUAGCAUCCAAUGAAGAAGGAGUCAAAGCAUUAGAAAUCGCUCGAUCUCAAAUCAUCGAAUUUUGGUUGAAUAAUUCCUUAAAAGAGUUCGAAUUGAUCUUUAAAGAAAGAGAUAUAGAAAAUAAGUUAAACUCCUUGGAUGAUUUGAUUCAAUUGGCCAAAGAACGAAGUUUAAAUGGAGCAAAACCCAUACAAAUCGAUAAACUUACACCCAAAGAAAUAAUCGUAGCUAACAUCAAUUAUAAGAAAAGACAAACAAUUGAAAGCUUGAAGUUGAUGUACGAUCAAUUGAUCGUAGAUAACAAUGACUUGUUCGACGAACUCACAUCCAUUGGUAAACAAUCAGAAACUAUCAAGUCUGAUAUAGAGAAGAACUUCACAUCCAUAAAUAAAGAGUUAGGUGUGAUAAACGGAGGUGUUGACGACAACAUCGAUAAAUUGUUGGAUACAGUAGUGAAUGAGUUGUGA